AUGAUGACAGCCACCGAUGAUGACGACGAUGCCGAACUGACCUGGGUAAGCAUGGGUCUGUCACCGCAGGGUCUCGCCUGGUCUCUGGUUUCUGUCGGUCGCCUUGCUGCUUCCGCUGAGGAGGUGAGUUCCAGCAGCGGCAACUGUGUAAUUUGGUGCGUUGAUACGAAUGGUCAGCUGUGGAUGUCCACGGGACCGGAGUUCUCCGAUGAGGGCGUGCCAACUACCCCUCAGGACGGCACUGCACCUCUAAGGUGGUCCUUCGUCUCCGCGCCUAUGAUUUCACAUCUCUCCUGCGGCCCCGACGGUCAGGUACGAAUGCAUUUUAGGACUUCUUUUGCUGUUGUUUGUGCACAUUGCAGUUUAUCACGUGCAUUAUCUCACGAAGAGGAGGAGGAAGAAGAAGAAGAGGGGGCAAGUUCAUGUACCGAAAUAUAUUUUGAAUAA